AUGGGGGCCGAGCAGAGCGCCGAGGCGGAAAACCGGCAUCCCGAGCCCAGCACUUCAGGUGGGGCUCCCUUCCCUUCCCUUCCCUUUCGGGGGCUCUUUAAAACGGAGCCCGCGCGCCCGAGCUGCGCCUCUCCAGGCUGCUUCUCAGGAACGCUCCGCGGGGCAAACCGGGGAAAGGCUCGCCUUCGGGGACGCGUCUCAUCUGCUCGCACGCUCCCAGCCAGUGAGCCGCAUCCCGUCAGCUAACUUUGUGGGCACCGGUGAAACAAACUUGUGAAACUCACGUUUUUAAAAUUACUUGCUACGAACGAACGAACGGAUCAGGCGGAGAGGAAAAGGUGUCUGUUCUAGGAGCCUUGCCCCCAAUCUUCAAAAAUGGCAUCCCUGAUCUGCAGCCUGAACUGGUACUCUCUCCUCUGCUAUCUGCCAGCCCGAUCACGUUUCAUUCUGCUUACAUGUGCAGACUGAGCACCAUUUUUUAUUUCAGCCUUUUGCAGAACUUUCCUCUAAUUCAGGGGUCUGCAACCUUUAAGACAAAAAGAGCCACUUGGACCCGUUUCCGAAGAAAAAAACACCUGGGAGCCGCAAAACUGGGAAGGUGACGUCGGGACGGUGCGUGACUAACGCACGCACCGCCCCCAUGUGACGUCACAGCCAGUACAGCACCCGCCACAGUGGGGAGUGUUGGGGCGCACAAUGCGCCUCCUCCCCUCGCUAGUAUCCGCCCCGGAGCCGCGGCAAAGGUGUAAAAGAGCCACGUGCGGCUCCGGGGCCGCGGGUUGCAGACCCUGCUCUAAUUUGUCAUUCUCUUUAUCUUAGCUGAGUUGGCCAGGAAGAGCAAGAUAAAAUGCCACAUUCAGGGCCCAGUCCCAUCUCAGGGUCUACUUUACAACGGACACAGUUCAUACAUACAUUUGCAAGUGACACUUUCUGCAAAGUGAUGGGCGUGCAUGUAAGAAUUGGACCUUGGCCUCCCAAAAUAGAAGUUACUAGAACUAGAGACAAGAACAGAAAAUGUGCAAUCUAAUAAGAAAUAUAAUUUUACAAGUAUUAUAGUGAGAAAUGUAUACAGGCAACUCCUGAUUUAGGCGCCUCCAAAUGAUGCAUGACGUGCCCACCACCGAACCUGGAAGUCUCCCCGAAACAUCAUAGAGAUGUCAUGAAAAGGGGCAGAGGGGGCUCCAGAACAGAACUCCUGCGCAAAAUGAUGAUGAUUGCUUGUAAUUCGCUCAGCGGCCUGUUUUGUGAAAUCAUGGUCUAAAAUGGAUUUUUGCCUGUCUCAAGCAAGCUAGUGUACAUGGCUAAUUCGUGCCCAAAUCCCUGCUCCUUGUGCCACAGGGAAGAGGCAACAACCAACACACUGACUUUGUGUUACAUGCAAACCACAAGUGGUAAGCCAAGGUCUGUUCUUGUGGUUUGUUUGGGAGAAGUGCGUGUAGCAUUAAGUCAGGGGUCUGAUUGCUCCCUCUCUGUGGCAUAGGGAGAAGGGGGUGCGGGUGAAUGAACACGGUGCACUGGCAUGUUUCACAUUUACAAUAAACUGUGGUCUGCUUUAGACUAUGGAUUCAAAUUAUGUGCAAACCAGGCCAAUGAACCUUUCUAUCACAAUAAUUGAGUGUGUGGGUGUUUUACGACAACACACUGUUAAGUCAUUCUUUUUUGCUGGUACCAGAUGAAGGGUAAUCCUAGGUGUGCUUUGUGCUUCCUUAUACUUGACUGGAUAUUUUCCCCAGCAUCUCCUUCACCAGCCAAGCAGCGAGCUAAAAUGGAUGAUAUUGUGGUGGUGGCACAAGGGACGCAGUCUUCGCGGAAUGUCAGCAAUGAUCCAGAUGUCAUUAAGUUGCAGGAAAUCCCAACUUUCCAACCCCUUCUGAAAGGUAAGAUAUUACAUGAAAAAAUAAGGUUCCCAUGUCUGCCCCCCACAUUCCCCUUUGAGCCUCCUGGUUCAUAACAGUGCUGAUUUUUGAUGAUCCCAUUUUACUCUUCUCAUUGGUUUUGCCAUGCAUUGCUGAGUCCUCAUGCUGCUAUAAAGUGGUAGAGAGAACUGGGUAAAACAUAAACAUGUUUUAAUGUAUUGAUGUGUUAAAGCUAGUGGUUUGUAGUUUGUCCAGGAAGCAGUUAUAUUUGUGCUUCUAGUUCUGUUGAGUCAUUUUGUUCUGCAGUGUGAAGAGAUGAACCUUAUGGGAGGCUUGGGAUAAGGGUGGAGAACCCUUUUUGGACCCAGGAUGCAAGUGGCAGGUGGGUCCACAGGCAAGAUUGGGCAGGGAGCAAUGAAUGUACAGCUUCUACACACACUCACACACUCCUCUGUUUCUCCUCUAUCAAGGCAAGAAAGAAGUAUUAUUGGAGUCCAAGGACACAUUCUAGUUAGGCAAAAUCCCUCCAGGAGGGUGCAAAAUAGAUUUGGGGAGAAGGUGUGUGGCUGAGCAGGAAGGUGUAGCCUUGGGGAGAAUUCUGUGGACCAGACAGAGGCCUAGAGUGCUGCAUUUGGAACCUAGGCGUGAGGCUUCCCACUCCUGGCCUAGGAAUAAACUGGGAAACAGUAGUGCUUUAGUUAAGAUGGUAUUUUGAUGCCCAUUAUCUCAGACUAGGCAUCCCCUUGUUCAUAAUCUGACAGUAAAUUCAGUAAACGUUGCUCUUGAUUUUUGGGUGCCUGUGCUGCCUGCAUGCUUUCUUCUGCACUCUUUCAACAUCAUCUUGAUCUGUACAUUGGUAAAUAAAAUGGCAGUUUUCCAGUUUUCUCCAUGCCAAAGAGGGGAAUCUUAAAAGACCGGGAUUUGCUUUUUGAAAACGGUGUGGAAGUAAUUUUAAAAUUUGAGUCCAUGGGUCCCUUGACCAACUACUGGGGCACAGGAGACCAGUUAUGUCACCCCUUGCCUGCAGAGCUGGCAGCCCAUCAACCCUUUUUGAACACCCUCCAUGGUGGAGUGUUCCCUCAGCCUCCUCUCCCCUCUUCUUGGAAGUCCUCCGGGCAGCUGCAGCUGCUGCUCCUGGUCUCUGAGUCCUGUCCCCCCCGCCCCAAAGACAGGUGCCUCCUCACACUGCCCCACAGGGGCCAGGGAAGAGGAUGCCCCCAGCCUUAGUGGCCCAAUGGAGACUGGCCAAAGGUGAAUGUGAGACCAGCACUUUACCUAGGGAGGCAGCAGGGGCAGCAGAAGGUACUGCCAGGCCUGUAUGGCGUAAAGGCUCCCCUUCAGCUCCCAGGCAGGCUUUGCACACAGCAGGCAAAAGAAAGGCCAGCGCAGCGCCUGCCUGCUCCGCCUCCCACUUGUCUGUCCAUUCCCAACAGCCAGGGCUGGCGGGCUGGGCUCCCUCACCCCCUUGCUCACUUACUUCAAGGCCACCUCAGCUCCUGGCAGCCAGCACCCCAUGGUCCAGGGCUGCUGCAACAAACAGCCACACAAGCCUUUGGGAGGCAGACAUGCGAGAGGGCAUCACAGGAGGGAUGGACGGAGAGAGGGACAGAGGCCAAUGUUGCCCGCGGCACCCCAAUGUUGCCCGCGGCACCAGCAUUCAAGGCACCCCAAGGGUGCCAUUGGCGCACUGGUUGAAAACCACUGUUUUAGGCAAUCCAUAUAUACUGACAUCUGGUGCCUGUUGGGAAACACCUCAGCCAGUGUACCUUCUUUAUUUAUUUUGCCUAUUCACCAAAAUUUAUAUACUACUUGCUUGUAAUAAAACUUCUAAGCAUUUUACAAAAAAUAGUGAGACAUUUUGAUUUGGGAAUCUGCAUUAUUGUUAUGUUAUUGAAACACUAAGAUGUGAGUGAGUUUAUUUUGUAUUUUACUAACAGUCGGAACAGGAUGAGUAUAUAAUAGGAAUAUUCUAUUGUGCAUGGAAUAUACAACAUAAAUGGUAGAAGCAUAAUUGGAAACACAGCAUUUAUUAAAUGUUCACAAAAACUAGUGCUCGGGGAAAAGUGCACAGCUAUUUUCUCUGCCAACUGUUCAGGAGGCCAGGCCUCAAACAUGGGCUGGUUCUGGUAACCAGCUCUUGCUUCCAGUAGGCAAUGCCUCCACAAAGGCAGGUAAGUUCAUUCCUUUUUGUACCUGCUACCCAGUGAGACAGUUUUGGAGGGGAGAAGUGGCAGGCGUCAUGUGAGUGUACACCACCUUGAGCGUGUUGGAGAAAAGGAGGGAUAUGCAAUCAAUCAAUCAAUCAAUCAAUCAAUACUGGACUAAGUCAGUGGUUUGACUCUGUACAAAACUCCUUCAUAUGACCUUUGCAUCAUUGUGUCUGGCGGCAAGAACAGGAGUCCAAUGGAAGUUUAAGACUCCAUUAAACUAAAAAUAAUUUGUGUGGAAGUAAGCACAGUUGAGCAUUUUCCCUUUAUUGUUGCACAUUUGCUGUUUUUUUCUUCAUCUGCUCUCUUGCUGCAUUACCAAGCAGAGACAUUUUCCUCUUGGUUCUGAGGAAUCUUCCUUCUCAGUCAGUGGGAAGUUAGAGUAAGCCCUGACAGAAACUCUCUCUCUCUGUCUCUCCCCCCCCCCCCGGGGAUCUCCACCCUUGAGUCUUUCAGUUACCUAACAGUGAUCACAUUUGGCAAAGAGCCACACUAUUAUUUUAAUUGCAUCAGGUUUUUUUUUAAAAAAGAGGCCUGUAAAACUGCAUGGUCUACUUUCGCCCUAAGUUACUGUAAAGACUAGGCCCAAAGUGAGAUUCAUAUACCCAGGCUGCAGGAAUGUUGUGAAGUGCCCCAACCAGUUCACCACUGCAGCUCAUAACAUCAAACUGUGAGUUGACGUUGUUUUCUGGGAUGCCUGGUCUGAUAUUGUUGAUCUUUUCAAUUUGCCAAUUCCAGUGCAGCCCACAGGUGGCACUCUUCACUGCCUCUGGUGCCUUGCAGCGCUCCCAAGAGCAGCAGAUGUUCAGAGCUCAAUAAAAGAAUUUUAUUUGGUAGGGACUCACGGUGUUUGCAGCAGAAUAGCAAUCUGCAAGCUCUAGAGUGGGGAUUGGGUGAAGCCCUUUCCGUGUUAAACCUUCAUGAAAAAUUGGUUUUGUAAUCAUUUCUAAAACGGAGUGGAAAUGAGGGAGACGCUUGGAAUGUGGCAGAAAAGCCCAUGGCCCCAGAUUCAGCCCCCAGUUUAUAGUGUUGGGGAGCAGGGCUCAGAAAGAGCUCCCCCAGGACUGGUCAAACUGGACAAAUGCCGAGACAAUGUGACAUGCUUACUUUAUUUCUUUUAAUAAAUGUGUAGCCUACUCUUCCUUAGAAUAAUCCGGGGGUGGAGGUAGUGGUUGGAGUGUCAGUCUAGGACUGGGGAGAGGUUUUUUUUGUUGCUGAGGUUCCUGGGCGUAUCAGCGCCACUUUCCGUGGUGUUAAGUACCACCUGUAGGUGAGUUUCAGAGUAAGUUCCCUUUGGGCUGAUAUGGAGAUUAGAUAGAAUCAUUAUUUGCAUCAGCCACUAGCCAUAACAAUAAAAUAAAAUAAAAUGUACUGAAGAUAGAGGUAAAAACUUAACUAUAGAAAAUACAUUUUGGGGGUUUAAAUCAAUAAUUAAAUAAUAGAUCUUAUUCUAAUUGCCCCGCUAAAAACCUUGCAGUUUUUGCUAUCACCUGAUCAUCUUGAUCUGCUAAAAGAAUGGUUGAGCGACCCGACAUGGACAAUAGUAGAGAGGUAAGACCACAUUCUAGUCCAUUUGGUGGGGUUAAUUUCAUAGCCAAUGUCAUGCUCCCAUUGUUGUUCGAUUGCGUCAAGGGGGGUUGUGGAAGCAGUAUUUUGUACACUGUGGGUGCCAUCCCUUUGCCGUGUCCCUCUGCUGUCAGGAGAAGGUGGUCCAGGGCCUAGUGGCUGCUGAUUUUACUGCUGGAUUGUUUAAGAAAGCGUAUAGUUGACAAUGUGUUAGCCAAGGUAUUUGGGUGUCCCCUAGUUUGUCUUGCAUUUCUUGUGUUGGUAUGGGUUUGCUGUUUUUGUAGAAGUCUUUUAGGCAGUGCAGGCCUUCGGCUUGCCAGGUGUUUAUCUGGAGGUUUUGUGCUGCGUGUUGGAAUAGUGGGUGUUAGGCCAGGGGGUUAAUGGGGAUGGGGAUAGUUUGCCUACUUUUCACUUCCUGUGUGAAUCUGUUCAGUAUUGUGGGGAUUUUCUUUAGUUUGUUUUGGAGAAAUGGGUGUGCAGUUGUGGAGAUGUUUUCAACGGUGUCUCUCUCCAAGACCCUUCCAAGACUCGUUUUCUAGAAUAUAUGGGAUUACAUGGUAUACUUGGUUGGCGAUGUAACAUAAUUCUAUGUUGGGGAUUCCCUAUCCUCCUUCUGAGGAGGGGAGGUGCAGGUAUUUAGGGCUUAUUCUUGGCUCUCUGUGUGAUAAAAUAAACGAGUGUAGUUUUUUCUUCCACUUCUGGAGUUGGUUGGAGGAAUCCAGAUUGGGAGGAUUUGGAAUCAAUAGGUUAGCUUUGAGAGAGUGAUCAUUUUGAUCAUGGCUAUUUUGUCUGAGAAGGUGAAGUUGGCACUGUUCCAUUUCCUCAAGUAACUGUUGAUUUGUCGCCACAGGGGCUUGUAAUUGUGGAGGUAUAAUUUGUUGAGGUUUCUGGUUAUUUGAACCCCUAGGUACCUGAAUUUGGUGCGGCAAAGUUUUAUCUUUGUGAUGUUGGUGAAUUCCUUUUGGGUAUGCGGGGGGUGUGUGUGUGUGUGUGUGUGUGUUGAAGCACAUAGCCUCAGUUUUUGCAAAGUUUACUUGCAGGCCCGACACCAUUGCGGAUGUGUUGAGUUGCUGUGUUUAUGGGGUCUGGUGUCGUCACCAUCAGGUUGACCUGCGACCCUAGUUUAUAGGUUUUACCUUUUAUUUCCACACCCUUGAUAUCUGGGGCUGCUCAGAGUCGGAUUGCCAGGGGUUCCAGGGCCAAGAUGAAUAGGAAGGGAGACAGUGGGCAUCCUUGUCUUGUGCCUCUUGGGAUUGCUAUGGUAUUGGAGUCCAUAUUGUUAAUUCUGCAUUUUGCUUAGGUUUGGGAGUAAAUUUGUAGGAAGUUGGGCCCAAAUUUCAUGUUAGUUAAUACUGCUAAUAGAUAUUUCAACUCUAAGCAAUCAAAGGCUUUAAAGAUGUCUAGGGACCUGAUCGCCAGUGGGAGUUUGGUCGUUUUGCUGUGUUCUAUCAGAUUCAGUAGUUUCCUCCCGGGGUCUGUUACGUUGCAACCAGGAACAAAGCCUGCCUGGUCUGGGGUGAUAAGUUUGUGGAGGAAGAUUUUUAGGAAGAUUGAUGUGAAUAUCUUGUAGUCUUGGUUUAUCAGUGAGAUUGGUUUGUAUGAUUCUAUUUUGAGGCUAUCUUUGAGUGCUUUUGGGAUAGAGACUAUUUUGGAAGAGGCCCAGGUUUUGGGGAGGGGGCCCCUUUUAUGAUGUCGUUAAAUAGGCGGGUCAUGUAAGGCAUCAGGGGUUCUUUGAUUUUUUCCCCUAGAAUUCUGCUGUACAGCCAUCCGGGGCUGGGGCUUUGUGUGGUUUCAGGUUUUUGAGUACCGUCUCUAUUGCCUCUGGGGUGAGAGGGCUCUCCGUGAAUUCUUGUUCCUCUGCAGAUAAGGUUGGCAUGGUCAGCCCUGUUAGGAGUCUUCUGAUUUCUUGUUCAGUUGGGUUGCAGGAGGUGUAUAGGUUGGCAUAAAAUUCAGCAAAUUCUGAGGUUGUUUCUUUGCAGGAGGAUGUCAUAUUACCGUCUUUUUUAGUGACACAGUGUAUUCCUGUUUUGAGUGAUUUUUUUCCUGCAUCUAUUUGCUAAUAGUCUGGAGUUCUUCCCUCCACAUUCGUAAAAGCAUUGUUUAGAGUAUAGGAUGUUAAUCAUUGUUUUAUUGAUUUCUAGAGAGUCAAUUUCCCUUCUUUUUUGUUGUAUAAGUUUAAGGAGUUUUAUGAGUUUAAGUUGGUUUUUUUUGCUCCUGUUUUUUUGUAGUGUGAUGAGGGGGUCGUAAUGUCUUAUUCCAGUUUACCAAUUUUUGAGGAGGUUUUACAGUAUUUUUUUUUUUAAAAGGGAUGUCCUAAUAAUCCAUUGACUUUAUAAAAAGUGUGUGUGGCACACAAAUUGCUGCUAAGGAAAAGCAGUCUUAUAAAACCUCAAAAGGCAAGUUAAAAAAAAUCUAUGAAAACCUCUAGUUCAAAGGAUUAUUAACAAAGCUAUAAAAAAUGCAGCCAUACCAACCUCAGAAGUUUGAAGCUGCAAAACUAUUUUCAGGGCGUAUAGUGAAUCUCAAUCAUUUGCCAGAUACAUACAUUGCAUUUCUGUAGUUUCCUAGAGAUUUUGUGUAUCCUAAAUAUUUCCAAUCACAGCUUCCAUUUUCUUAUAUAUGAUUUGAUUCUGCAUCUUAAAGAAUGGGUCAGUUAAAAGAAACCAACCAACCCAUAAGCCCCUAAUCUGUAUAGAUACAUGGGGGGGGGGGUAGCAGUUAAUAGCAUGUUGUCAAUUCCUAAUCUUUCUCUUCUGUCCCUCCAUUGAUGACAUUCCUAAUCGAAAAACAUUUUGAAUUGUUGGGGUCCCUUGCCAUAGGGCAUUGCACCAUUGAAUACUGGCUUCCAUGCAGAGGCCUCAGUGCAAAGGCUCCAAUGGCAAUGAAACAGUGCAGUUUGAAAUGGGCUGAUAGUGGGACCACUCAGAUAACAUUUCCAGACCUUCCACGCAGCAUCAUGGCCUGGCCUGGGAUAGCUCAGGCAAUGUAGCAGUAGAGCUCGGUCGUGGGUUCGAGCCCCACAUUGGGUCAAAGAUUCCUUCAUUGCAGGGGUUUGGACUAGAUGACCUUUGUGGUCCCUUCCAAUUCUAUGGUUCUGUGAGGGAAUGAAGGGAUAGAUGAAGACAGUGCCGAAUUGAUGUUGCAAAACUUAAAGUGCUUCCUCUGAUUUAGAUUAACUUCCUCCUCUCCCAGGACUCUUGGCAGCUGCAAAGGGGGCAAAAAAUAAGAUAUAGCAGCUCUUGUGUUAAAAACUUAAGAGUGCAACAACUUGUACAAGAUGUGAAAAGAUGCUGGCUUUUUGGUGUGCUGCUGAAGUCAAAACGUAUCCCUGUUGGUGUUAGUUUCAGACUUCUGAGGGUUGAAGCCAACCUGAUUCUGAAGAAAUGUCACUUUGCCCUCUGAAGCUUAUGCAUUGUAUAUAUUGAAAUUCUGCUCAUUCUCCCUAGGCUAGUAAUGUUCCUGCCUUAGCAGAAUGCACACACACAGAGAGAGUGCUGAUGGAGAAAGUUUUUCUCAGUAUUUCUGUUGUGAUCAUUAAACCCCUGAGCUGCACUCCCUCACCCAUCUGCCUGCGUCUCUGCCCUAAAUGAGCAUUCAUUUGGACAGUUUUCCUGCAAGAAAGAUUUAAAUUCUUCUGCAGCAGGUGAUAUUGCCUUUCAUUUCACCAAAAUUUUAGUUUACUCGUUAAGUGUGGCAUUGUAGGAGUAUUUUGCUGCCUAUACAAUAAAAAUUGAGACAUUUCGCUAAAACUUGCUGCACAAUUUUUCAUGUGCCUGCAAGGGACCUUGAUAUGAUCAUGGCAGUAAUACCCCUCUUAAUUUUCUUUUGCAUCCAGCAAGUCUAAUCCUGACAGAUCUACAUAGUCAGAGAACUUGUACAUGUCCAGAAUUGUUACCUGACAAGCAGUGUGUGUGGCUGGGUGCUGUUGUGGCAAUAGAAGACAAGGAUGCACAACCUCUUGCUCUUCUUGUGUUGUUCAUCUGCUGGCAAGGCUGCGUCUGAACUGUACACCUUCAGCCUGCAGCUGUGGCCCCACACAGUUCAGUGCUCUCCAUGCAAAAAGAGAAAGAGUCCUUGCAAAUAGAAAGCUAGCUCAAACCAUUCUGCCCCCCUCCCCCCCAUCUAGAGUUCUGUGGAGGAUAUUUUUUUAUGAAAGAACAUUCAGUCAUAUGAACAGUCAGAAGUGGGACAGCCCAGACACAGAUUCACCAAGUUAGUGAGAAACUACUAAAUCAGUUUCAUAGUGUGCUGGGAAUAUGGUCAUAAUUAUGAUGAGCCUUAAAUGUUCUGCCUCUAGUCAACUUUUUAGGAAUUUAUUUUAGGCUUGUUGCUAUUUAAAUGUGCAAAUGAAUAGUGACCAGUUCCUUUGCUGUGUCAUCUUGUAGGGACUUCAUAACUCUAUUUUGCACUUGCAUAAAAUGAUUUGGUUUGUGUCAGAUGGCUGUUGCGGUUGCUCAAGAGUAACCAGGCCGGACUCCGGCCUGUCUUUUACAGGCUUUAUUUUGGUGCAAACUAUUUACAGUGAAGAGCAUCAUAAGUUCAUGUCUGGCUCAGUCGCUAGCAGAAUCCGGGAGUGGUCUGUUUUUGUACCUCCCCAACAUAAAAGUUUCGUUACCCCCAGCCGUUUCCGCCCCUCCCUGCGCCUCAGACUACUGCGCAGGAUGGGCGAUGGCAAGGGCCUGCUUCCCUCCUCUUGGCUUGCUCAGGAGCGGUGUUACGGCUCUCACUAGCAUCCUCUGGUCCCUGCACCUCCUCCCCACUGGAAGUGGGGCUUUCCUCCUCCCCGGAAGAGGAACUGCUUUGCAAGAUUUUCGGAGGCUCCCUCUGACACAACUGCCCUUCUAUCUCUCGCCUCUGAGCCGAUGGCAGUUCCCUGACAGUUUGACUCUUGUAAAAAUGUUGUUCAUAGGGAGGGUGAUUUAUUUAAUAGUUUUAAUCUUGGGUGUAAUCCUGUAUUGCAUUUUUGACCAUCUCUUGCUUCAGUAUUGCACAUUCCUUAUGCUAAAAGACUCAAAAGUCACACUUGUUGUUGGGGGGUGGGGCGAGGGGGGAACGAGUCCUAAUUCCUGACAAAAGGCGUCUCCUAAAGACUGGUGCAGGGACCUGAAAGUGUCACAUCUUUAUUUUUAAUGCUUCUUCCAGUAUAAUGACUUCUUGCAUGAGCAAACCAAGUAAAGAAUAAUGAAAAAGAAGCAGCAAAUGUAGCCAGCAACAACAUGCCAAUAACCUUGAGACUUUGAAACUUUGCAAAUGUUUGCUUGAGUGAAAUUCUCCUGUGUAUCACCAAAUAAGAAUGAGCUGAGGUCACUCUUGGCAAGAGGAGGACUCUUUUUCCCCCUGCACAAACAGCAUAACAUGAGAAGCAGGGAGUGGGUGAAGGAAGGGGGCAGGAAAAGGAAUCAAGGAGGACUGGAGAACAUUGUAGACAUAAUUUUUGUUUGAACAUAUUAUAUACAAAAAAGCAGCUUGCUUUGUUUGCAGGCUUUGAGUACAUAACUAUACAAAAAUUAGGGAUGCUUUUGCUGUCUUUCUACGCCAUAGUAUAACCAUGGCACAGAAUUCCCUACUUAAAGUUGCAUAAUUCUUUGUGGUUCUUGUCCGGUGAUAUUUUGGGGGCUGCCCUGAUUUAAGUCUCCACUCCAGCAAAAUUGCCAAAAUUCAACAGCAAAAUUUUGCCAGGCUUAUGAAACUCAUGGCAACUGCCGUUUGUGAGUAGUCAGCUGGCCACCUAAUAGCUUGAGCCAGCCUCUGGCAUCUGGGCCUGAGAAGCCCCUACUCCUAAAGAAUUUUUCUGCUUUGUCACUUUCUCCUUUGUGAGAUGAGGCACAGACCCCAAAGCCCCUUAAAACUUUCCUAUAUGCACCCUGUGAGCAGCAACACAAUUAUGGCCGUUAGGCACGUCAGGUGUCUGCACUGGCAAGUGGAAGCUCAGGAACGCAAAACCAGCCGCUGCCACCAAGUUACAGACAGGCAUCCAGACACACACCGAGAGCUGCCAAGCCAAACAAAAGAGAGUGGCGGAGCAGUAUCUGUAAAGCCAUGACAGCAAGGCAUUGGCGGAAGUUCAAGGGGAAGGGUACACGAGCAGCUCCCCAGUGGCUGUUUGGCAAACUAGUUUUAUUUUUAAAAUUUCUAUACUGCUUUAUAUUUUUAAGCAAACUCUCAAAGUGGUUGCGGCCUUCAUGCCUCACAGCCGGGCGAUGUUCCUAGCUGCAGAUCAGGCACCUGGUGGCACAGGUUUUUAUUUUCUUUAAGCUUCCAGUGCCAUUGACCCACAUGCCCUCUAGAUGUCUAUAGAUUUCCCUGUGCAAAUUAUUUUACCUGGGCCACAUUGCCAAAGUUGCUGUCAUGUUAAUGGUUUAUGUGGUCUAAAGGGUACAUUGCAAAUGCUCGUUGCAGUGCCUUGUCUUUUGUUAAAAUGUGUGCUUUGCCAUGAAAGGCAUUUAAAUCUUGUACAGUGUACAUAAGUAAUAAGGGGACAGAUGCAUACGAUUCCCGGGGAGUUUUGCCCCUUGAAUUAAAUUUUGCAUGCACAGUUUCACAUUUGCCCCCACAGCCGUUUACUUUGUGAGUAAAGGUAAAGUACAAAUUAGACUCCCCCAAAAGAGCCCCCGCUGUGUUUCUCUGGAAGGGAUGGCGGAGUGCUUCCUGACUGGACUCAGGAAGAAUUACUCAGGAGGAAUUAGUUGGGGAAGAAUUACUUGAUCCCAGGAAGGGAAGAUUCAGUGUAGGCAAUUAGGGUAGAGAAGUACAGUAUAUGAUGUAGUGACACGGCAGGCACCCUCUUCUGUGGGUGGGCCCACAAGAGGCUUUCUAAAAUAUGUAAUUUAAUUUAUGUGGCACCAGCACUUCUCUAACAGCACACUGGAUUGGGAAUAAAUAGUCUAAACUACCUCACUCUUUAUUUAGAAACUGAAUAGCCAGAGGUGCUGUGUGUGAGAGAGUAAAACAGCUUUAUGACUAUUGAAUGUGGGGAAGGGGAGGGGAAAUAGAAUAUGAUUGUUAGCAGACCUUCUGCAUGGCUUUUCCUUUUUAUAAUUCAACCACCCAUGUUGUCUCUGCCUCCCAGAAUAUGAUUGCAAAUAGACACUUGGAAAAGCUGAGAAUACGUUGCUGUUUUAAAAAACGAAUAAAGCAAGGAAAUAGUGUUACUGUUCUCCUGUUAAUGUAAGAGGCAACAAUUUCAACAAAUUUUUCUAGCAGCAUGAGUAGAGCAUGCUUGCAAAUUACGUGGGGUGAUGUCCUGGGGUUUGCUCCUAAAGCCAAAAUCUUGUAGUCAAAGCUCAUUGGGUUCAAUGAUGGGUGGGAUUGCCAAAGCCUUUUUUUAAAAAAAAACUCCACCCUCUUUUGCUUCCCCCCUUUUUUACAUUUUUUGCCAUACGUGUAUAGCUGAAUGCACACAAGUUAAAUGUGCAUCAGUUGUGGGCUUACUGUAUUCCUAAUGGAAGAUUUUUACAUGCAUGAUGAGUAAUUACUACCUAAGUGUCAGUCACUAGUUUCCAGAGAGUUCUGCCCAAAGCAAUACAGUUAUACCUCGAGCUGAAAUAGCUUCGGGAUAAAUAUUUUCGGGUUGUGCGCUGCGGUGACCCGGAAGUAAUGGAGCAUGUUACUUCUGGGUUUUACCGUUCGCACAUGCACAGACGGUCAAAAUGACGUCACGCGCAUGUGUGGAAGCGGCGAAUCAUGACCCGCACGGACGCGGGUUGCGUUCGUUUCUGGAUGCGAACGGGGCUCCGGAACGGAUCCUGUUCGCAUCCAGAGGUACCACUGUAUACAACAUGUGGCCUGACAAAACACAGUAAAACACAAUAAAGAAAUAAAUGCUGUAAACAGGCAAGAACACCACCCCAGCAGAAAUGGUCUGGUUUCUUUGGAGUCACAAUAAUAGUUUUGCAACACACAGAGUGGCCCUUCAUGCACUGGCUGGAAGGAAAGAAAGGAAAAGGGAGUUAGACAAAAUCAUUGUGGUGAUUCGGAGGUGUUUAGUCCAUCAGGUCAUUUUUUCAAUACCAUGCCCCCACCCCCCGGUCAGGCAGCUGACAUCACUCUGAUGGGUGGGGGACAUCAGCUGAUGGGCAGAGGGUAGAGUUCAAUUUUGUGUAAGCUGCGUAUACAGUAUCAGGUUUACUCAAGUUCCCAUUGCAGGCAGGUUUCCCACAUCUAAUGCAGUGCAAACGCCUUCCUGAUCAAAAUGAAGGCCCCCCCCCUCCAUUUUAGCAGUUUCUUGCUGCCUGCAAGGUGCUUUGAAGGCCUUUGUAUCCUACAUGAUAGAUCACCAGUAAGCUGUUGAGCUGCUUCUGGAUUUGUCUUUGUGUAACAUGGUAAAUGGCACUAAGAACAGGCUGAUUACAACUGGGGAUUUAUGUGGAGAUGCUGUUACAUGUGUUUUGUUUUUGAUCACACCAGUCCCUUUGCUAGUUCUGCUGUUAGCCAUUUUAGUAAAUUCCUUUGCUGUCAAUUUUCUUCUAGGUCUUCUCAGUGGGCAGACAGCUCCUACCAACAUAAAACUGGAGAAACUGGAUUCUCAGCAAGUUCUACAGCUCUGCCUGCGAUACCAAGACCACCUUCACCAAUGCGCAGAAGCGGUUGCCUUUGACCAGAAUGCUUUAGUCAAACGGAUCAAAGAGGUAUGGAAUAUGCUGGGGUUGGAGAAGCAAAGGGGGUUCUGUGAAGCCAUCUUCAACAGCCCUUGCCCUUUUGAGGCAAGAAAAGCCCUUCAGCUUUCCCACUUUAUUCCCCCCACCUCUCAUUUGUAACAUGACUGGAGAAAACUGCUCUAUAAUUAUGUCUCUCUGGGGGAGAGAACAGUAGUUUAAAGCAGGUUAAAGUCCUAUUUACACUAGUUGUGUCGGACCAAAGUGGUGGUGUUACAAGGCGUUGCCCUGCUCCACCCCUCUUCCCACCAACAUCCGCUCUAAGCUGCUUCUGUCACAGCUUUCCUCAGUUCCAUCCACGCAAAGGUCCAUCUGCCUCUUCAGCCAUGGAAGCCCCUCUUACCAGCUUUAUUGAGGGAACCCCUUUAUGGAGAGGAGGAAUCCUCAGUCCAGGCUGUCGUAUGCGUUUUGGUCAUCAUUUUUGUUUUGAUAUUUUGCUUGGUUUAAUGUAUUUUUAUUACACUUUAUUGCACUGUAAAUUACAUCAUGGAGACUUUAUUUUUUUAGUAAAAAGUGAUAUACAAGUUAGAUAAAUCAAAGCAAGCUGCACUUUCCAUUCUUCAGCUGCAGUCCUACUUUCUUCGUGUAUCAUCUGUUUUAGAUUAUAAACUCCUGUAAAUACUGACCAGUUGCUUGAUUGUGUACAUCUCCUAGCUGUUGUAGAUGCUUGAUAGUUGGCAUUAAUAUUGCAUUUGAGCAAAUAUGUGGAGAAAAUCAUUGACCAGUGAAUGUUGUUAUCACUUAGAUUGUUAGAUCAUUGGCUUGUAUUACACAAUUCAACAUACUCUGUUCUAAACAGGUAAUAAUUGUGCAAAUGUCACAAUCAGUAUUUCUGCCCAACUUCCUUUUGCAAACUAGAUUGUACCACUGUCUCUUUUCUCUCUUAUUUUUCUCCCUUUCUUAAAAUAAGCAAUGAACAUAACAUGCUAUUUUUAUUGGGUGGUUGCUUAAUCUUUACUUACUUUCCAUACAGGGCAGCCAAGAUUCAUAGUUAGCAUGACUCAGAACUCAGAACUUCCAUAUGGCUAGAUGAACAAUAAUGUGAUUCACUGCAUUUAUUGAAUGCCUGCAAUCAUUUCAUGCUGUGUUGAAUCCCAGUUCAGAUGUGAACCAUUUUUAUUUUUUAAAAGUAUUUUGGUCAACACAUAAUCUGAAGCCAACUAAUUACACAAGGUGUGACUGUAUCUGCAGGUGUUGAUGACUCAGAUUACUUUGAUAUCCAGCAAUUUUUUAAAUUGCCAACUUGAAGAAACUGUGCUAAUUCAAAUAAAGCCUGUAAACCUUCCUGAAACUAGAUUCAUCUUUCUGUCACUCUCUGAUGGUCACUCUCUUGCUUUUAGUUUGAGUGGAGAACUAACAGGGAAGUCUAUCUGCCAACAGAGGGAAACAAAACAGCUUGUACAGUGGUACCUCGGGUUAAGUACUUAAUUCGUUCCGGAGGUCCGUUGUUAACCUGAACCUGUUCUUAACCUGAAGCACCACUUUAGCUAAUGGGGCCUCCUGCUGCCGCCGCGCCACCGUCGCACGAUUUCUGUUCUCAUCCUGAAGCAAAGUUCUUAACCUAAAGCACUAUUUCUGGGUUAGCGGAGUCUGUAACCUGAAGCGUAUGUAACCUGAAGCUUAUGUAACCUGAGGUACCACAUUCUUCUUCUUCUUCUUCUUCUUCUUCUUCUUAUUAUUAUUGAGUGGAAACUAAUCUUCAGGCAGAAGUUUGUUGUGGCAGUAGUAGAUUGAUAUAUAUAUGUAGAGAGCGAGAGAGAUAGUAACAUAAUUUUCUUAAAAUUUUAUGGUGUGCAUGGUAUAAAAGUAAAAAAUGUAGGUAAUAAGAGAGAGUCAUAAAACUAGAAGGAAACAAUAAUUAAUAGUGCAAGUCUGACACACUUAACUACUGUCAGUUCUUACCAGAUGAACCCUCAAAUACUGUGGUUUGGGACUGCACCAUGUAGCAGUAGUUUUUGACUAGCAGCGGAAGCCAAAAUGAAAUGACAUAUAGACACUGCUUCCCCCCCAGGGUGUACUCAAGGGUACGCAGUACCCGCACCUCUUUUUUGGGGGGGGGGGUUUAAAAAGUGUAACACUUACUGUAACAACUUCAUUAUGAGUUCCGGUACCUAUUUUUCUAGGAAAAAAAGAGAUGACAUAUGGUCUGGUGAGAAAUAUGAAUAUGAAAGAUUUCCAUGAUUGUUGCUUCCUCCACAUCUUGCUGGUAUUCGGUUUAUGUUUAGCAGCAUACAAUUCCAGGAUGAACAAUUCCAGUGAUUUGCGCUCAAUGGUAUUUUUCUUCAGACAUGAUGUCUGGACUGCCACCGACCUGUCCUGUAGCAGAAUAAUGCCAUGGUCCCAUUGGAAAAGGUUCUCAAGCUCAACGUGGUUCAGGUUGCUGGUGAAGAAAGGCCCAUCUAGAGAGGGAGCAGGAGACCUAACAGGUCAUCUCAUCUGCUAUCUGCCCCAUCAGCCACUGUAUCCUGCAGGAAGGGGCAGACACCCUCUUAUUAGGAAGUCUGUUCUGCACAAUGGUGUCGGAGGAAGUUACCCAUUACAUAUCACACGAAUGCCAUAUCUUAGUGUCCUUUAGGUACUUGUUGAAGACGUUUCUCUAUCAGCAAGUCUUAUAAGUGGAUAUUGGUAUCCACGUUCAUAUCUGCAUUGGAUUUGAAAUUGAUUUUAUAUAUGGUAAUAGUUUUUGGUGGUUUUUUUUGAAUAAUUUUGUAUGUAAUUGGGUUUUUGUUUUUAAAAUUGUUUUAUUCUUAUUUUAAUUGCUUUUGAGUUAUCUCAUAGGAAGUGAUUCAUGAAUGAAAUAAUAAUGUUUAUUUUUUAACAACAGCAGCCUUCACGCCAGAUUCCCCCAAGCAUUCAUGCUCCUGGCUUAUUCCCUGAAAACAGAGUAGUAGUUUAGACAUGCCUUGAGGAAGUGUGGUAACAGAGCUCUCUACAUGGGACUGCCUGUACUGGCUAUCUGAACUGGAGGCCAGUGCAGUGCAGAGAGGCAUUUGUCACAUAAUGUGUCUGUUUUCAGCGCCUGUCCUACACAGCAGUAAUUAAGGCCUAGUAAGAAUGGAUGAGAAAGCAGUGGCUCUCCUGAUGUUGCUAACGAUGGAUGACCCUUCCAUUCUUGUAUGGUGCCCAGUUGUCGUAUGUAACUCACUGGAGCUGUAGACCCUGUACGUAAACACCAGCCAAAUUCAGUAGUAAAGAAUGAGAGAUUGGCACUGUGCCACUUCCCAGAAACAGAGUUACUAUUUAGCCUCCAAAGAAUAGAGCGGGAUGUUAUUUGUGGCGUAACUUUUUUAAAAAUUGGAGUUGACUUUCCAUUACCUCAGAAGCUUAUACAAACCGGAAAAUAAAUGCUCUGGGCACUAUGCACACACCACAACUACACCCACCCAGCCCAUAAAUGGUUUCUACUAAAGCCAAUAAAUUGCUUCUUUGAAGCAUAAUUGUGGUGAGUGGGGCACAGCAGGGAAGAGGCUGGCAACAGCCCUGAAAUCACCUACCUGCACUGUAGUUAGGCUUGAAAAAGCCUGUCUACUGGGUAAAAUAGAAGGCUUUUUCAAGCCUAUCGUGUUCCAGUCUUACUCUGAGAGAGGUUGUAGAAUCAUAGAAUCAUAGAAUCAUAGAAUCAUAGAGUUGGAAGAGACCACAAGGGCCAUCGAGUCCAACCCCCUGCCAAGCAGGAAACACCAUCAGAGCACUCCUGACAUAUGGUUGUCAAGCCUCUGCUUAAAGACCUCCAAAGAAGGAGACUCCACCACACUCCUUGGCAGCAAAUUCCACUGUCAAACAGCUCUUACUGUCAGGAAGUUCUUCCUAAUGUUUAGGUGGAAUCUUCUUUCUUGUAGUUUGGAUCCAUUGCUCCGUGUCCGCUUCUCUGGAGCAGCAGAAAACAACCUUUCUCCCUCCUCUAUGUGACAUCCUUUUAUAUAUUUGAACAUGGCUAUCAUAUCACCCCUUAACCUCCUCUUCUCCAGGCUAAACAUGCCCAGCUACCUUAGCCGUUCCUCAUAAGGCAUCGUUUCCAGGCCUUUGACCAUUUUGGUUGCCCUCCUCUGGACACGUUCCAGUUUGUCAGUGUCCUUCUUGAACUGUGGUGCCCAGAACUAGACACAGUACUCCAGGUGAGGUCUGACCAGAGCAGAAUACAGUGGCACUAUUACUUCCCUUGAUCUAGAUGCUGUACUCCUAUUGAUGAGGCCCAGAAUUGCAUUGGCUUUUUUAGCUGCCGCGUCACACUGUUGGCUCAUGUCAAGUUUGUGGUCAACCAAGACUCCUAGAUCCUUUAAACAAGUACUGCUCUCAAGCCAGGUGUCACCCAUCUUGUAUUUGUGCCUCUCAUUUCCCCCCCCCCCAAGUGCAAUACUUUACAUUUCUCCCUGUUAAAAUUCAUCUUGUUUGUUUUGGCCCAGUUCUCUAAUCUGUCAAGGUCGUUUUGAAGUGUGAUCCUGUCCUCUGGGGUGUUAGCCACAGCCACCCCUCCCAGUUUGGUGUCAUCUGCAAAUUUGAUCAGGAUGCCCUUGAGUCCAUCAUCCAAGUCGUUGAUAAAGAUGUUGAAUAAGACCGGGCCCAAGACAGAACCCUGUGGCACCCCACUAGUCACUCUUCUCCAGGAUGAAGAGGAACCAUUGAUGAGCACCCUUUGGGUUCGGUCAGUCAGCCAGUUACAAAUCCACUGAGUGAUAGCAUAGUCAAGACCGCAUUUUACCAGCUUCUUUACAAGAAUAUCAUGGGGCACCUUGUCAAAUGCCUUGCUGAAAUCAAGGUAGGCUACAUCCACUGCGUUCCCUUCAUCUACCAGGCUUGUAAUUCUGUCAAAAACGAGAUCAGGUUAGUCUGACAUGACUUAUUUUUCAGAAAUCCAUGCUGACUAUUGGUGAUCACAGCAUUCCUUUCUAGGUGCUCACAGACUGUUUGCUUAAUGAUCUGCUCCAGAAUCUUCCCUGGUAUUGAUGUCAGACUGACUGGGCGGUAAUUAUUUGGGUCCUCUCUUUUCCCUUUUUGAAAAUAGGGACAACAUUUGCCCUCCUCCAGUCUGCCGGGACUUCGCCUGUUCUCCAGGAAUUCUCAAAGAUGACUGCCAGUGGUUCUGAGAUCACAUCUGCCAGUUCUUUUAAUACUCUUGAAUGCAGUUCAUCUGGCCCUGGAGACUUGAAUACAUCUAAACUAGCCAAGUAUUCUUGUACUAUCUCCUUAGUUAUUCUGGGCUGUGUUUCCUCUGCUGAAUCAUUUGCUCCAAAUUCUUCAGGUCGGGCAUUGUUUUCUUUAUCGGAGAAGACUGAGGCAAAGAAGGCAUUGAGGAGUUCAGCCCUUUCUGUGUCCCCUGUUUGCAUUUCACCAUCUUCUCCUCUGAGCGACCCCACUGUUUCUUUGUUCUUCCUUUUGCUACGAACAUACCCAUAAAAGCCUUUUUUGUUGCUUUUAACCUCUCUAGCAAGCCUGAGUUCAUUCUGUGCUUUAGCUUUUCUGACUUUGUGUCUACACGUGCUGGCUAUUUGUUUGAAUUCCUCUUUGGUGGUUUCCCCCCUUUUCCAUUUUUCCUUUUCCAUUUUCCACUCAGUUAAAAGUUCUUUAGAUAGCCACCCUGGCUUCUUUAGGCACCUUCCAUGUUUCCGUCUCAUUGGUAUUGCCUGAAGUUGUGCUUUUACUAUCUCCCUCUUAACAAACUCCCAGCCAUCAUGAACUCCCUUUCCUUUUAGUAUUACUGUCCAUGGGAUCUCACCCAGCACUUCCCUAAGUUUUAUGAAGUCGGCUUUCUUAAAGUCAAGAAAUUGAGUCCUAGUAUGCUUGGCUGCUCCUUUCCGCUGUAUAGUAAACUUCAGAAGAGCAUGAUCACUUGCGCCUAAUGAUCCUUCCACUUCUACCCCACUAACCAGGUCAUCAACAUUGGUUAGGACCAGAUCUAAAAUGGCUGUUCCUCUUGUUGCUUCUCCCACUUUCUGGACAAUGAAGUUGUCUGCAAGGCCAGUGAGGAAUCUGUUUGACCUUAUGCUCUUGGCUGAGUUUGACAUCCAACAAAUAUCCAGGUAAUUGAAGUCCCCCAUUACUACUAUCACCUUACUUUUGCAUGCUUGGCCAUCUGUUCCAGGAAGGCAUCAUCUAUGUCCUCCGUUUGGCUUGGGGAUCUAUAGUAAACUCCCACAAUGAGGUCACUGUUAUUCUUCUCUCCCUUAAUUUUGACCCAAAUGCUCUCACUUUGGCUUUGAGGUUCUAAAUCUUGGAUCUCUUCACAGGUAUACACAUCCCUGACAUAUAACGCCACUCCUCCUCCUUUCUUGUCUGGUCUGUUUCUCUGAAAUAGAUUGUAUCCCUCCAUUAUUACAUUCCAAUCGUGGGACUUAUCCCACCAGGUUUCAGUGGGCAUAUUGAGCCCUUUUAAGCCUCUGCCUCCAGACCAUCUCUUUCAGGCUCCACCACAUUCUGGAGAACUUCCAAGUUCUUAAAGGGUCAACCUUCUGGGAUGAAGAUGGGCCCUUCUUCUCUAUUCCAUAGCUCCAUGUGCUGCUGGAGCAGUGAGGUACUGUCAGCAGCAUUUGCUUUUUCAGGAGAAGGUUCUCAUGAGGUCCUGGUGGUAUGGAAAUUCUUCUGGGGGCUCAGACGUAGUGGUCUCCUGAAGCAACAGACAGGGCCGUCUUAAGCAUAUCCAGUGCUGUGGUGCAAAGAUCCCUCCAGUGCCGCCCCCGCCCCAUUUCCCAGAGUUGUUGACCUUUUUUUAGGGAGCUGACACCCGCUUACACAUUAUCUCUGCUUGGGAAAAGAAAAUAGGAAACAUAAACAAACUUUUUUUAGUUGCUCAUUUAUUAACAAUGCACCUAUAUACACACUUAUAUAGUCUCAGAUGCAUGUGGGCCAGCCAAAAUCUGACAAGUCACUCCUGGUCUUAAAUUGUCCAAGCAAAAUGGCACAGCUUAACCUGGCACCAAAAUGAGAAAAAAUGCUGAACUUAGAUAUACCUCAGUCAGUAAAGCAUGAGACUCUUAAUCUCUGGGUUGUGGUUUCAAGCCCCAUGUUGGGCAAAAGAUUCUUGCAUUGCAGGGGGUUGGACUAGAUGACCGUGGUGGUUCCCUUCCAACUCUGAAUGGUUCUGUUAUUCUGUUGUAUCUGAAAGGCUGUUCACAGGGAAGAUGGAGCAAACUGGUUUGUGAGAGACGCUUGUGCUGUGAUUCCUGCACUGGAGGACCCCUCGGGGGUCCCUUCCAACCAUCCAGUUCUGUGAUCUUAUGAUUAAAAUACUCCAAGAAAUAAAUAAACGGGCUUCUCUGUGGCAGUCACUGGAAAGGGCUCCAGAAAGUUUCGUAUGUGCCCUGUAGCCCAUGCCCCAUUCACCAGGCGAGACCCGGUGAGCUGAAGGAUGGCUCCUCAGUGGCAAGCGGGCUUGAGUACGUGACUGCACGUCUGAGGGAUCUGGGCCGGCCACCUCAACGCCUCCCUUGCUCCGCCUUGGACUCUGGGCAGGCGGAGGGUGGCGGAGGCAAGGCUGGGCUGAGCGCCUAGUGGGAAGCACACAGCCUCUAGGCAGGCGGAGGUGCGCACAGGCCAGCAGAGGCGUAGGAAGGUCAGGUGGUACCCGGUGCAGAAAAUUUCUUGUCACCCCCCCCCCAUUGUGUUAUUUUUCACCUGCAAAAAUGGUUUUACGUUAUCUGAGCCUCUGAUAACAAGCAGGUGACUAUGGACAGAUACUUAAAUCUACAGGAUGGAUUGUGUUUUGGCUUGUGUUAUUUUAUUUAUAUUUAUUGUUUAUUUAUUUAAUAAAAUUUAUUUUAAAAAACCAAAACAAAAAAACAUCACAGCAGUAAAAUCAGGAAAAAUUAACAAUCCUACUUUAAAAAGUACAAAAGCUAAAAUAUUAAGAUUAAAAAUACUUCAGCUUCCUAAGCAUCUAGGUAUGCUUGCCUAAAGAAGAAUGCUUUUAGCAGGUGCCUGAAAAGAGUCUAGCAAAGGCACAUGCUUUGUUGAAAUUUCAGCCUUCACAACAUAGGAAAACAGCUAAGUAAACAGCUAUUUUCAUGGAGGAGGGUCAAGAUAUUAACUGAUAUGCAUGAAAUUUCAUAUGUAGCUAUAUAAUCCCUAGUGUAGUAAGAUAAGGCCUUUGGAGCAGGCAUUUUCUAAAAAACAGUUUUUUAUGAACCGCCCUAGUAGGGCAGUAAUUGUUCCUUGAUAAUUUUACCCCCCCCCCCCAUGAUGGCCCCUGGGGAGACCCGCCCCCCCUUUACUACGCCCCGGCUGCUCGGCUGUUGAGCAGCAGGAGCCCGACUCCUGAAGUGGCAGGCGGCGGAGGCUGCAAGGCCGGGCGCACUCAGCCUCUGGGCAGGCUGGCCGCGCCUCAACACCUCCUGCUUGGCACUCCUAAGCAGCAGCCGGAGCCUGAGUCCCGAGUCGACGGCGGGCGGCGGAGGCUUCAAAGUCGGAUGCACAAAUAAUAAUAAUAAUAAUUUAUUAUUUAUACCCCGCCCAUCUGGCUGGGCUUUCCCAAUCACUCUGGGCGGCUUCCAAAAGAAUAUUAAAAUACUGUGAUACAUCGAGCAUUAAAAGCUUCCCUAAACAGGGCUGCCUUCAGAUGUCUUCUAAAAGUCUGGUAGUUGUUGUUCUCUUUGACAUCUGGUGGGAGGGCGUUCCACAGGGAGGGCGCCACUGCCGAGAAGGCCCUCUGCCUGGUUUCCUGUAACUUGGCUUCUCGCAGUGAGGGAACCGCAAGAAGGCCCUCGGUGCUGGACCUCAGUGUCCGGGUAGAACGGUGGGGGUGGAGAUGCUCCUUCAGAUAUACUGGACCGAGGCCGUUUAGGGCUUUAAAGGUCAGCACCAACACUUUGAAUUGUGCUCGGAAAUGUACUGGGAGCCAAUGUAGGUCUUUCAAGACCGGUGUUAUAUGGUCUCGGCGGCCGCUCCCAGUCACCAGUCUGGCUGCUGCAUUCUGGAUUAGUUGUAGUUUCCGGGUCACCUUCAAAGGUAGCCCCACGUAGAGCGCAUUGCAGUAGUCCAAGCGGGAGAUAACCAGAGCAUGCACCACUCUGGCGAGGCAGUCCGCAGGCAGAUAGGGUCUCAGCCUGCGUACCAGAUGGAGCUGGUACACAGCUGCCCUGGACACGGAUUUAACCUGUGCCUCCAUGGACAGCUGUGAGUCCAAAAUGACUCCCAGGCUGCGCACCUGGUCCUUCAGGGGCACAGUUACCCCAUUCAGGACCAGGGAAUCCUCCACACCUGCCCGCCUCCUGUCCCCCAGAAACAGUACUUCUGUCUUGUCAGGAUUCAAUCUCAAUCUGUUAGCCGCCAUCCAUCCUCCAACCGCCUCCAGACACUCACACAGGACCGUCACCGCCUUCACUCGUUCUGAUUUGAAAGAGAGGUAGAGCUGGGUAUCAUCCGCAUACUGAUGAACACUCAGCCCAAACCCCCUGAUGAUCUCUCCCAGCGGCUGAAUGUAGAUGUUGAAAAGCAUGGGGGAGAGGACAGAACCCUGAGGCACCCCACAAGUGAGAGCCCAGGGGUCUGAACACUCAUCCCCCCCCCCACUUUCUGAACACGGCUCAGGAGGAAGGAGCGGAACCACUGUAUAACAGUGCCCCCAGCUCCCAGCCCCUCAAGACGGUCCAGAAGGAUGUUAUGGUCGAUGGUAUCAAAUGCCGCUGAGAGAUCCAGCAGAACUAGGAAACAGCUCUCUCACCUUUGUCCCUAGCCCGCCAGAGAUCAUCAACCAGUGCGACCAAGGCAGUUUCAGUCCCGUGAUGAGGCCUGAAUCACGACUGGAAGGGAUCCAAAUGGUCCACUUCUUCCAGGCGUGCCUGGAGUUGUUCAGCAACCAUUCGCUCAAUCACCUUGCCCAAGAAUGGAAGAUUUGAGACUGGGCGAUAGUUGGCCAUCGUGGCCGCAUCUAAAGAUGAUAACCACCUCUUUCAGCGAGUCUGGGAAGGCUCCCUCAUGGAGGGAAGCAUUCACCACCCCAUGAAGCCCAUCGCCCAGUCCUUCCCGGCUAGCUUUUAUAAGCCAGGAUGGGCAAGGAUCAAGGAGACUGGUGGUUGGUUUCACUCACCCAAGCAGCCUGUCCACAUCCUCGGAGGUAACAGAUUGGAAUUGAUCCCACACAAUUUGACUAGACAGGACUCUAGCACUCUCCUGCCCCGGCCCUGUGCAAGCAUCGCUGCACGAGCCGAGGCGACUGUUGAAGCCGGCCAACGGAGCCUCGUGUGAGUAGCGCACUGCUGGGCUGGCCCUACACCAGUGGCGCGCAGGGGGCGGAGCCGCUGAAUAAGCAGAAUCAUAGAAUCAUAGAAUCAUAGAGCUGGAAGAGACCACAAGGGCCAUCGAGUCCAACCCCCUGCCAAGCAGGAAACCCCAUCAGAGCACUCCUGACAUAUGGUUGUCAAGCCUCUGCUUAAAGACCUCCAAAGAAGGAGACUCCACCACACUCCUUGGCAGCAAAUUCCACUGUCGAACAGCUCUUACUGUCAGGAAGUUCUUCCUAAUGUUUAGGUGGAAUCUUCUUUCUUGUAGUUUGGAUCCAUUGCUCCGUGUCCGCUUCUCUGGAGCAGCAGAAAACAACCUUUCUCCCUCCUCUAUGUGACAUCCUUUUAUAUAUUUGAACAUGGCUAUCAUAUCACCCCUUAACCUCCUCUUCUCCAGCCUAAACAUGUCCAGCUCCCUUAGCCGUUCCUCAUAAGGCAUCGUUUCCAGGCCUUUGAACAUUUUGGUUGCCCUCCUCUGGACACGUUCCAGUUUGUCAGUGUCCUUCUUGAACUGUGGUGCCCAGAACUGGACACAGUACUCCAGGUGAGGUCUGACCAGAGCAGAAUACAGUGGCACUAUUACUUCCCUUGAUCUAGAUGCUAUACUCCUAUUGAUGCAGCCCAGAAUUGCAUUGGCUUUUUAGCUGCCGCGUCACACUGUUGGCUCAUGUCAAGUUUGUGGUCAACCAAGACUCCUAGACCCUUUUCACAUGUACUACUCUCAAGCCAGGUGUCACCCAUCUUGUAUUUGUGCCUCUCAAUUUUUUUUGCCCAAGUGAAAUACUUUACAUUUCUCCCUGUUAAAAUUCAUCUUGUUUGUAUUUGACCAGUUCUCUAAUCUGUCAAGGUCGUUUUGAAGUGUGAUCCUGUCCUCUGGGGUGUUAGCCACCCCUCCCAGUUUGGUGACAUCUGCAAAUUUGAUCAGGAUGCCCUUGAGUCCAUCAUCCAAGUUGUUGAUAAAGAUACAUAAGCCGAGGUUGGGGGCAGGGUCUCUGUUGCAGCAAUUGCAUUACUGAGUUUAUACCUAUGGGAGACAUUACUGUACUUUUGACAAUGAAGAGUUGAUUCCCCUUUCUGCACAUUCCUUGCCUGUCAGUACACCCUGAACAUUGGAACUAGAUGAAUGAUACAAAUAAAUGUGUUGGUUUGGAGAGAGGGAGAGGGAGCCAUUGGCAAAAGAGCUCUGUCUGCCUGCUGCUAGGCUCUCUCGGCUCUUCCCGGACGACUCAGCUCAACUCCGGACUCCCCUGAUUCAGCACGCCAGCUGCACCACUGGUUAGAGACGGGCCUGGCAACAGAUCCAGAACCUGAACCUGAUCUGGACUCCAUAGCAGGAGACACUGAAGCCCUUGACUCUGUGUCUUGACCACUGCUGGACAAUAGGGUCAUUGUAAAGCCUAAUUUCAGUCCAGAAACAGGCCCUGGUGUGCUCUAGGAAGGGCGUCUGUGGGUAAAUGCCCUCGGACAUCCCAUUGACAACUCCUGCCAAUGAACUGGUUAGAAAACCUUGGAUCAGUUUUAAAAGGUGCCUUUGAUUGAUCACUAGACUUUUAUUUAAACAAUUUGUAAUGGAUCCAGGGGGGUGGGGAGUUUCCCCCUUCCUUUCUGUUGAAGAAUUCCCCAUAAAAAGCAUCACAAUAGGGGGGCAGAAUCUAAGCGAUUGAAACCCAGGAUAGUUUUCUGUUCCAAGCAUCUGCGCAGGGUUCCCAAUCUCAGGCCCUCCUGAUGCCACACUUGGUCUGCACCAGGCUGGUCAUACAAAUAUUUUGAAAAGCCACAAGCAACAGACAAACAAUUGAGAUGAUUAACUAAAUUAUCCAAGAAUACCUCUUUUAAGAUGAUUCCAUUUCUGACACAUGCAUGCUUAAAAAGAAAGAUGUGCUUCUUUUGGCAUUGCUUUUAAUUAUGUGCAGUGCAUAUAGUGAGGCUGUGCUCAAAUACCCCCCUCCCCCAUCACAGCCUCCAUUGUGAGCUGAAUCAUGCACAGAUUCAGCUAAUGCACCUGCAGCAGUUUCCACAGUCAGUAGCAUGGAAGACCUGGCACACGCUGGAGUGUGUGUGGAAGAGGGACCUGUGCCUCCCUGUGCCACAGUGCCUUGGCGCAGCUUCCAGCUGAAAUUAUAAACUCUGGAUAAGAGUUGCCAUAUACCUUAUUCUUUGGCUGAAGAAAGCACCAGCUGCUAGCUGAACAGAAGAACCUGAUUAACAGCAAAUCGAAAGCCUGCAAAUCAGAUGGGAUGAACUUUGACAACACAUUUUACAUAAAAAUAUUUUGCCAUUGAAACAAAAGCAGUUCACUUAGUUAAACUAAAAAUCAGUUGAAUUUUAGAAAUAAAAAUAUUGAAAGAUGUACAUGUGGGGAAUGGGGGGAGGAGGAGGACAGGAUUUCGGUAAAGAAUGCGCUUGGGGAAAAUAUACUUAGAAUCAUAGAAUCAGAGAGUCAUGGAAUCUUAGAUUUGGAAGGGACCCAAGGGUCAUCUAGUCCAACCCCCUGCAAUGCAGGAAUCUUAGCUAAAGCAUCCAUGACAGAUGAGCAUCCUGCUUAAAAACCUCCAAGGAAGGAGAGGCCACCACCUCUCAUGAGAGUCUGUUCACUGCUGAGUAUCUCUUACUGUCAGAAAGUUUUUCCAAAUGUUUAGUCAGAAUCUACCAUAUUUUUCGCUCUAUAAGACGCACCAGACCACAAGUUUUUGGAGGAGGAAAACAAGAAAAAAAAAUAUUCUGAAUGUCAGAAGCCAGAAGAGCAAGAGGGAUCGCUGCACAGUGAAAGCAGCAAUCCCUCUUGCUGUUCUGGCUUCUGGAAUAGCCGCACAGCCUGCAUUCGCUCCAUAAGACGCACACACAUUUCCCCUUACUUUUUAGGAGGGGAAAAGUGAGUCUUAUAGAGCAAAAAAUACGGUACUUUCUUGCAACUUGAAGCCAUUGGUUUGAGUCCUAUCCUCCAGAGCAGGAGAAAACAAGCAUGCGCCUUCCUCCAUGGGACAGCCCUUCAGAUAUUUGAAGAUGGCUAUCAUAUCUCCUCUCAGUCUCCUCUUUUCCAGGCUAAACAUACCCAGCUCCUUCAAGCGCUCCUCAGAAGUCUUGGUUUCCAGACCCUUAAUCAUCUUGUUCAUGCUCCUCUGCACACGUUCCAGCUUGUCAACAUCCAUCUUAAAUUGUGGUGCCCAGAAUUGGACACAGUAUUCCAAGUGUGGUCUGACUAAGGCAGAAUAGAGUGGUACUAUGACUUCCCUUGAUCUGGACACUAUACUUCUGUUGAUCCAAACUAGAAUAGCUUUAGCUUUUUUUGCUGCUGCAUCACACUAUUGACUCAUGUUAAGCUUGUGGUCCACCAAGACCCAGAGAUCCUUUUCACAUAUUAAGCCAGGUGUUCCCCAUCCUAUAUUUGUGCAUCUGGUUCUUCCUAAGUUCAAUAGGGACCUUACAUUGGUCCCUAUUGAAAUUCAUUUUGUUAGUUUGGGCCCAGUUCUCCAAUCUGUUAAGGUCAUUUUGAAUUCUAAUUUUGUCUUCUGCGGCAUUAGCUGCAGUUUCGUGUCAUCUGCAAAUUUGAUGAGCAUCCCCUCAAUUCCUUCAUCCAAGUCAUUUAUAAAGACGUUGAACAACAACGGGCCCAGGACAGAACCCUGCGGCACCCCACUUGUCACUUUUUCCCAGGAUGACGAGGAACUGUUAAUGAGUGCUCUUUGGGUUCAGCCAGUCAACCAGCUACAAAUCCACCUAACAGUUACCUCGUUCAACCCACAUUUUACCAGCUUCUUCGCAAGAAUAUCAUGGGGACUAUGUCAAAAGCCUUACUGAAAUCAAGAUACACUAUGUCCACAGCAUUUCCCUGAUCCACCAAGUUUGUAAUUCCAUCACAAAAAGAAAAUAGAUUGGUCUAGCAUGACUUAUUUUUGAGAAACCCAUGCUGGGUCUUAGUAAUCACAGCAUCCUUUUCAAAAUGCUCACAGACCAACUGCUGAAUUAUCUGCUCUAGGACCUUCCCUGGUAUGAUGUGAAGCUCACUGGUCGGUAGUUACCUGGUCUUCCUUUACCCCCUUUUUGAAGAUGAGGAUAACAUUUGCCCGCCUCCAGUCUGUAGGGACCUCACCUGUUCUCCAAGAAUUCUCAAAGAUAAUAGACAAAGGCUCUGAAAUUACAUCUGCAAGCUCCUUUGGUACCCUUGGAUGCAGCUCAUCAGACCCUGGAGAUUCGAAUCCAUUUAAAGCAGCUAGGUGUUCCCUUACUACCUCUUUUCCUAUCUUGGGCUGCAGCUCCCUCCUUAUGUCACUUAUUCUGUUACCACCAGGUUGGGCAUCACUUUCCUUUUGGGUGAAGACAGAGGUAAAGUAGGUGUUGAGAAGUUCUGCCUUUUCUCUCAUCCAAUAGCAUGUCUCCAUCUUCCCCACACAGAGGACCUACCACUUGCUUGUUUUUCCUCUUUCUUUGGACAUAGCCAAAUGAACUUUUUUAAAAACCUCUCUUGCAAGCCUGAGCUCAUUCUGAGCUUUUGCCGGCCUGACCUUCCCCCUGUUGGCUACUUGUUGGCUCCUCCUCUGUGAUUUCCUCUUUCUUCCAUUUCUUAUACAUGCCCUUCUUAACCCUCAGCUCAUCUGUAAGCUCCUUAUGCAGCCAUACCAGCUUUCUUUGACACCUCUCACUUUUCUUUCUUGUUGGUAUUGCCUGCAUUUGUGCCUUCAAUAUUUCUCCUUCUAGAAACUCCCAUCCUUCUUGGACUCCCUUCACAUUGAGUAUUUCUGACCAUGGGAUCACACCCAGUAGCUCCUUCCGCUUUUCAAAAUUGGCCUUCUUAAAGUCCAGAGUGCGUGUCCGACUACACUCGGUUUCUCCUUGCCUCUGUAUCCUGAAACCCAGGAGAACAUGAUCACUUCCUCCCAAGUUUCCAAGCACUUCCACUUCAGCAAUCAGUUCCUCCCUACUGGUGAGGACCAGGUCCAAGAUAGACAAUCCUCUUGUUGGUUCUUCCACCUUCUGAGAAAUGAAAUUGUCAGUGAGGCAAUGGAGGAAUUUAUCAGACCUUACACUCUUGGCAGAGUCUGAGUCCCAGCAGAUAUUGGGGAAGUUGAAGUCCCCCAUGAUUGCUAUUUUUCUCCUUUUUGAAUGCUCUAAUAAGGCAUCAUCCAAGUCUUCAGUCUGGCUUGGUGGUCUAUAGCAGACACCCACAGUAAGGUCAUUGUCGUUUCUCUCCCCUGCAUUUUUUACCCAUACGCUCUCAAUCAGCUUUUCAUGCUCCAGGCCGUGGAUUUCUUCACAAGUGUACUCCUCCUCCCUUCCUGUUUGGUCUAUUGCUUUUUAACAGGUUAUUCAUCCUGAUGUGCUGGAAGAAACCCAGAAUUUGUCUUAAUGUUAAAUUAUCAUUAUGCAUAACAGAUUUCCAGCUGUGUCUGCCUCUAAAAUUUCUAACAAUGAUUAAUGUGUUGUCAUUAUUGGAAACAGGAGGCCUGUGACACUGCAGGUCAUAAUAUUAAGGUGUAGAAAGCUAAUGUUGUAUAAUAUCUCUCUGCACUUUAACUUUCCUCUUUUUAAUUUAAAAUAGACAGCUGCUUCCUAAUUUUUGUCCUACAGGGUCUUUCCUUCUCCAGAGUUCUUGUACUCCACAAACCUCUUGAUGACUGAAGGAAACCUUUUUCUGAAAUAAAAUUGGAGGCAUACUUCAUUCUUUCUGCUGAAUAGGGUAAGAGUCACCUGGCUCAGAGGAACGAACCACUCUUGUUUCAGCAUGUCCUUAUUUGGGACAGGAGUGUGUGGGAGGCAUGUCUCUUCUGAGAGUAGAUAUGAUGUGUUGGGGUUCAAGUGUCUCCAAAAUGUGUAAAAGACACACUUGUUAACAGGCUGCCAAUUACAUUGGAUUCAGCUUGGAUGAAAACCUCAAUGAAAACCCGGCUGAAAAGAAGCCAAAAGGAUGCUUCUUAUAUAGGGGUGUCUCAAAAUGCAUUAAUAGAAUGGGCACAGUCCAUGUCUGGAGGCGGUUGGAGGAUGGAUGGCGGCUAACAGAUUGAGGUUGAAUCCUGACAAGACAGAAGUACUGUUUUUGGGGGACAGGGGGCGGGCGGGUGUGGGGGAUUCCCUGGUGCUGAAUGGGGUAACUGUGCCCUUGAAGGACCAGGUGUACAGCCUGGGAGUCAUUUUGGACUCACAGCUGUCCGUGGAGGUGCAGGUCAAUUCUGUAUCCUGGGCAGCUGUCUACCAGCUCCAUCUGGUACGUAGGCUGAGACCCUACCUGCCCACAGACUGUCUCGCCAGAGUGGGGCAUUCUCUAGUUAUCUCCCGCUUGGACUACUGCAAUGCGCUCUACGUGGGGCUACCUUUGAAGGUGACCCGGAAACUACAACUAAUCCAGAAUGCGGCAGCUAGACUGGUGACUGGGAGCAGCAACCAAAACCACAUAACACUGUCUUGAAACACCUACAUUGGCUCCCAGUAAGUUUCCAAGCACAAUUCAAAGUGUUGGUGCUGACCUUUAAAGCUCUAAACGGCCUCGGUCCAGUAUACCUGAAGGAGCGUCUCCACCCCCAUCAUUCUGCCCGGACGCUGCAGUCCAGCGCCGAGGGCCUUCUGGCGGUUCCCUCGCUGCGAGAAGCCAAGUUACAGUCAGAGGACCUUCUCGGUAGUGGCGCCCGCCCUGUGGAAUGCCCUCCCACCAGAUGUCAAAGAGAAAAACAACUACCAGACUUUUAGAAGACAUCUGAAAGCAGCCCUGUUUAGGGAAGCUUUUAAUGUUUGACAGAUUAUUGUAUUUUAGUAUUUUGUUGGAAGCCACCCAGAGUGGCUGGGGAAACCGAGCCAGAUGGGUGGGGUAUAAAUAAUAAAUUAUUAUUAUUAUUAUUACUAUUACUAUUACAGUGGUACCUCGGGUUAAGUACUUAAUUCGUUCCGGAGGUCGGUACUUAACCUGAAACUGUUCUUAACCUGAAGCACCACUUUAGCUAAUGGGACCUCCUGCUGCUGGCACGCCGCCGGAGCACGAUUUCUGUUCUCAUCCUGAAGCAAAGUUCUUAACCUAAAGCACUAUUUCUGGGUUAGCGGAGUCUGUAACCUGAAGCGUAUGUAACCUGAAGCGUAUGUAACCUGAGGUACCACUGUAUUAUUAUUAUUAUUAUUAUUAUUAUUAUUAUUAUGAGUGGGAACUAAUCUUCAGGCAGUAGUAGACUAAUCUUGUGGCAGUAGUAGACUGAUAUAUAUAUAUAGAGAGAGAGAGAGAGAGAGAGAUAGUAACAUAAUUUUAUUAAAAUUUUAUGGUGUGCACGGUAUAAAAGUAAAAAUGUAGGUAAUAAGAGAGAGUCAUAAAACUAGAAGGAAACAAUAAUUAAUAGUGCAAGUCUGACACACUUAACUACUGUCAGUUCUUACCAGAUGAACCCUCAAAUACUGUGGUUUGGGACUGCACCAUGUAGCAGUAGUUUUUGACUAGCAGCGGAAGCCAAAAUGAAAUGACAUAUAGACACUGCUUCCCCCCCAGGGUGUACUCAAGGGUACGCAGUACCCGCACCUCUUUUUUGGGGGGGGGGUUUAAAAAGUGUAACACUUACUGUAACAACUUCAUUAUGAGUUCCGGUACCUAUUUUUCUAGGAAAAAAAGAGAUGACAUAUGGUCUGGUGAGAAAUAUGAAUAUGAAAGAUUUCCAUGAUUGGUGCUUCCUCCACAUCUUGCUGGUAUUCGGUUUAUGUUUAGCAGCAUACAAUUCCAGGAUGAACAAUUCCAGUGAUUUGCGCUCAAGAAAUCUCUGCUUUCAGAGAGACUUGUGGAAGGAAGUUACAGCAGAUAAGAAUAUAGUUGUGCUUAUAUUGGCUCUAGAGAAUAUUAAAAGAUCAUGGCUUUGCCAAGAUAGCCAAGGGAAGACCACCCUGUUAGUUCCUGAGAUCAUCAGAUGAAGGCCUCCUAGUACUGCAGCCUUCAGAAAAUAAAUCAUGCUGAAGGAGGGUCUUCAUAGUAGUAGCAUCUUCCAUCUGGAACAGCGUCCUCUUAGAAAUAAGUUAUGCGCCAAUGGAAUUACGUUUCUGGCACAUCUUGAAAACGUAUCUGUUUAUUCAGGCAUUUCCUGGCCAUUAAUACCAUUCACCCAGAUGGCUGGUUGCUGUGAUUAUUGUGAAUUGUUAUAUUAUGGUGGAUCAUGUAUUAUUGUUUUAAUGCAGUGGUAAGGAAUAUUUUCCAGCCAGAAAGCUGAAUCCUGGGUUCCCCCACCCCCAGCAGACCCUUUUGAUAGCUGGGUGGGUCCUUAGAUAUUUAUUAUCUGCAGAGAUAUAAUUUCUUCAUUAAAGAAGUCAUAGGAAAGGAUGUUCGGGAACAAUAUUUUGCUCAGAACAUUAUAAUCAGGGUUCUGUAUACUCUCAAUAAAAAUCCUAUUCCAGGAAAAGUUAAAUUCCAAAACCCAUAUGUGUUAUGCAAAUUUUCCUAAUUUGCACAGUUCUGCAACUUUUAGAGUUUUGCAUUAUUUGUUCUUGUUUUGCUAAUUACAGAUUUUAAAAAAGCGCUAUACAGGACAGUGAUCCUAAUUCUCACUCAACUAUUGGAAAACCUGUUUGGCUACUUCUCUGGCUUCUGAGAUUCCUCCUUAUGUCAUACCUUCAUACGUAUAUUUAUAGCCACAAGAAUUAGAAACUUGCUUUUCCUGUAAGCUGAAGUUUCCAAGAACCUAGUUCCUGAGACAUAGCCUGUGUUCUGGCAGACUGAGAGCAGGUACACAGCCCUAAUUAUAUAAGGCACUGCAUUAGGAGGGAGGUUUUAGCCCUGCCGUGUUCUUGUAAAUGUACCAGUAUAGUGAUGUCUUUGUAUUGAGUUGUGGUCAAGAUAAAGCUACAUAAGUGGAAGAGAUGGCGCUGGAUUUGGAUUUAGAGAAUAAACCUAGAUGAAAGGUGUCUGUUUGGUAGCUAUCCAGGAAAACACUAUUUUCAAUUGACCCUGGCUGUUCAGCAGUGGGGUGAAGGCUUCCUGGCUGACUUUGUGUCUCCUUUGUGUUGUGUAUUGUUGGUUGGCUUGCUUGCCAUGUUUCUUAUUGUAUUGAACUUCAAAUUAAGUUCAGACGCUACAUUUGAAGAGAAAACUCAAUUCCGUGAUCCGGAAGUUUGAAGGCACUUUCUUCCCUUACCAUGCACAGAAGGUAACUUGCAGAUUGAACUCUUUUGUAUUUAUCAGCCCUCAGGAUCCCCUAGUCUUCCCAAUCCUGGUGCAUUUUCAGUCUGAGGAUUGGAUCACAAGUACCCAGAGUUUCUGUCUGCACAUAAAUGCUUUACUAGAGCAUUUAAAAUGCUACUGUCAAUAAUGUGGUAAGGGGAGGAGAAGAUAUUGCUGCUGCUUUCUUCCUACUCUCUCUGGAAAUUAGCAUGUGUACAGGAUUGUAGAAUAGAUACCAGCUAGGUUUUAACCAAACUUUCAUUUCCUCAGGUAUUAGUAGUCUGUCCUUCCUCAUUCCAAAGCCUUGGAGUGAAUUAUAAUGUUAAAAACAAGAACCUACACACCACACAAACCAACCAAAUCUCCAGUUCUCAAGGAAGAGAAUGCCAGCCCCCCUCUUCGGGACCAAGCUCUGGUUUUGAGAAAUCUCCAAUAGAGGAGAGUACCACAACUGUAGGGCAGCCUAGGAUAACACCUCUCUCUGUGUUGUUGCUAUUCCAACUUGGUUCUUGAAUGGUAAAGUCAAGGAAGCAGUUUCUGCUGAUCUGUUAACAGUUGUGAGAUAAUAAAGCAAGCAGGUGGUCUCCAAUAAGUGUUGGGCGUAAGGCCUAAAACUUUAUGCAGCCCAGCAGCAUUCAAAGAGCAGUCAAUUUCCUGCUUAUUAAUUGCCAGCUUUGGAUGUUGUAAUCUCAGUCCAUUUUAUACACCAGAGCAUUGCAAAGCCAUCCCAAGGCACUUCUUUGGAGUCAGCCUUUCAAAAACCAAGAGUCCUUGUGUUGCUCUGUUUAAUGAGGCAUACGGUACAUGGUUUUGGUAGCCUUCUAGCUGGCUGCCAUUCUGCAGCCCUGUCUCAUUAGGUGGGACGAUCAGUUUAAAAUUAUGGCUUCCAUUUGCUUCCAUCCCAGGCAACAGUUGACCUGCAGGUGGUCUGUUUUCCAUUUUGCAAUUUACAUGGCUAACCCCAGUACACAAAAGUUUUUAAAGUCCAGUGUAUCUAUUUUUAAUGGAAACUUAUGCACAAAGCUUAAAUUGUUUCCAUGCCCAGCAUGCUCUUUUUCUCCUAUAUAUCCGUUCCAAUAUAUUUCCAAAACUUACUCCAAUUUUUUGAAAUUUCUGGUCAUCUUGGUCUCGUAUUCUGCCUGUUAAUCUAUCUAGCUCGGCAUAGUUGAUCAUUUUGACCUGCCAGUCACUUAUGUUAGGAAUAGUUUCUAUUUUCCAGUUUUGUGCCAGCAUAAUUCUUGUGGCUGUGGUGGCAUAGAGAAAUAUUUUUUAUCUUCAUUUUUAUUUCCUUACCCAUUAUUCCCAGCAAAAAGGCCUCAGGUCUCUUGGGAAAAGUGUAUUUAAAAACUUUUUAAGUUCAUUAUAAAUUGCUUCCCAAAAACCUUCACCUUGCUGCAUUGCCACCACAUAUGGUAGAGGUCUCCCUCCCCUUCACCACAUUUCCAGCAUGUCUUAUUUUCUGAUCUAUAGAUUUUAGCCAAUUUUGCCGGCGUAAGAUACCAUCUAUAGAGCAUUUUCCAAACAUUUUCUCUCAAACUCGUACAGGCCGUAAAUUUAAUGUCUCUAUUCCACAAUUUCAACCACUUUUCAAACUCGAUGUUAUAACCGAAGUCAAUUGCCCAUUUAAUCAUUGCCUCUUUGACUUCCUCGUCUUUUGUAUGCCAUUCCAGUAAUAUGUCAUAUAAUUUAGACAAUGUUUUGUUUUUGCCUUCUAUUAUUUCUAUAUUGAAUUUUGAUUUCUUGUCCUCAAAGCCCAUUUUUCUUUUAUCUUGUUUUAACAUAUCAUUCACCUGGUGAUAUUGUAGCCAGCCGGUGAAUUGAUCCUUUAUUUCCUCAUACGGUUUAAGUUUAAGCCCUUGUUCUGAUUUUCUUAGCAAAUCUUCGUAGGUGGCUGUCUUCCCUUCCAUGUUGGUUUUUUUUAUUGUUAAGACCUCUACUGGUGAAAUCCACCAUGGUGUUUUUCUUUCGAGAAGGUUCUUAUUUCUUUCCCAGACCUGAUAUAUUGGUCCCCUGAAAAUAUGGUUUAAGAAAGCCCUGUGGACUUUCACCUUCUCGUACCAGAAAAGUUUUGUUCCAUGUGUGAAAAGAAAGGAAGCCACAAGAAAGAACAGGGGAAAGUGAUGGUUUCAGCUCCUGCGUGAAAAAACCCCCAGGCUUUGUCUACAUGACCAAAUGAUAAUCUUGAAUUUGAGAACUUGCAUUAUUAAUUUGGGGAUGAGCAGAAGCCUUUUAAAUCACCAGUUUAAAAGUCUUGCCAAAAAGGUGUAUAUAUACACACACACACACACACACACAAUCACAACCCCUAUAGGAAAAUUCACAUUUACCCCACACUUUCUGUACUACUGCAGAGGAGCAGGGGAAUAUGCACAUAACCCCACAAGAAAAUUCAUAUUCUCUUUGUGCGGGGGUUGCAGCAAUGUGUUGGGAUUGACUCACCCACAAAAACCCUGCUUGUUCAAGUGGUUUACUCAUGUGAGCAGUGCAUCGCUUGCAUAGCAUGCUGCCCUUUUCUUUCCAGGAGCUGGGGAAUGGCAAGUUCCUUGUGUCAUCUUGUAGAAACGUGCUGCUUCCUUGAGUAGUCCAUUUCUAAGGCCAGUUUCUUUGUCCAGCAUCUUUGGCCCAUCAAAUGGACGCAGCCGACUCUCACUUGCCCUUGACUUGAAAGUGUGAAGCAACCUCUACUCAAGUCAACUCUUAGAAUUUGUGUAAUUGUGUGUCAGGUUCUAUCUAGGGAGCUAUUAAAAGGGGUGAAGGAAUUGCAAUCCCGUGUCAGUGUCUAGCGUACUUUGGUUGACUUGCAUGCAAGGGGCCUCUUCAAAAUUCUGAGAAACACUUUUAAGGCCUGAGUGUCCUGCUCAGCAUAACGUGAAGAGAGACUGAGAUUGCCUGGCUGAACUCUCAUUAUGGUCACUAAUUUCAGCAAGGGAUGAUUUCAGAGAGUUUGGAAUAUUUCUGCCAACUUUGAAUGAAACUCUUAUGCUUGAGAUUGUUCACUGAAUGACACAGUUUUAAAUAAUGGAAGCAGGAACUUGGCCUGCCAUGAAUUUGUUAUGACUGACUAACAGCGGAAACUCUGGGUUUUCUUUCUUUCUUUCUUUCUUUCUUUCUUUCUUUCUUUCUUUCUUUCUCUUAAUUUUUAACAGAGAUGGUAAAAGGCAAUAAAUCAUAAAUGUACAGUUUUCAUGAGGCGCCAUGCAGUGCUUUUUUCCCUAAAAAAAUGUUUAGGGGUACUCUCAUUUUCCUACUCAUGUUGAAAUACUGCCCCUCAAUGAGGCCAAACUUAGAUUCACAAAAUGUUAAGGGGUAUGCGUACCCCUGCGUUCCCCGAGGGAAAAAACCUCUGGUGCCAUGUAUGUUGAUAGUACCAUACAUUAACAAUGUAAAAACAGACAGAAGAAUUUGGUAGAGUUAAUUCAGAAAGCAAAUAAAAAUCAAUGAACAUGCGUAACCUUCCAUACAUGUGUUUAAUGUGUGCAGGUACAUUAACUAUAGGUUUGCUUUGUUCUGUCAUUACUCUGUCAAUGUUGUGAUCUCUCCAGGUACGGGGUGUUCAGAUAAAUUUAAAAAGUGCAGGACUGUAGUUGAAGUUCACCAAGGAGCUGCUCUGAAAAGAGCUGCCAUACAAAACCACCAGUGCAAAUUGCAUGCGGAUGGGUGGUCUUGUGGUCUUGUAAGCCAGUCUGAAGGUGGUGGGCCCCAAGGUUAGAAAAAGUACAAGAUCAUAUUCCCAAAACACCACUGGUGGGAUUGCGAAGCAGGAAGAGGAACUGAACUUUAUUGCCUGAAUAGUGCAAAUCUAACAUUGCCAUCAGUUGGCAUGUCAUGGCUGUGAUAAAGCUGAUAACAAUUUUAACAGCACAAGCUGGUUAAAAUACAGUAUUAUUGUCUAAUAAAAAGCACAGGGAGAAAUUGGUGAUAUUGUUAGCCACCAGUACAGUACCUGGCUUGUGUCAGUGAUUCCCAAUCUCUGUGCUGCAAGAAAUAUGAUGAAGGGGACCUGUGAUUCCAUAGCCCCUGUUCACAGAUGAGGCUGCCCACUUGGCAUGAGUAUCUGCUCUGGUCUUGCUUUAUUCAGAUAAGUCUCCACUAUAGUUGGGUGGUUCCAGUUACAUUCAGACGUUCAGUCAUUCCUAGAGUCAAGGCACAGCAGAAUUAGCUACCCUCAGAGGAGGAGGCCAGUUGUGUGAGUUGUACUUCUGAACUUGCCAUCUCUUAAUCUAGAGUUAUGCUCAAGACAGAUUGAGGGAGGGACUCUUCAGAGGUUGACUAACUCUAAAAAGUAAUCAUUUUCUAGUGUAAGUGUGCCUCCAAUUUUAUUUUUUAUUUUUGGCGGGUGUUCCCAAACAUUUAAGAAGCACAAACCAGUGCACGAAGCAAGGUUACAUGUGUCUACUUGGAAAUUUCAAACCUAUUAUUGGGAGAUAAUGCAGUCCAAAUUUGUUGGAACACUUUUGCUGAUCCACCCCAAAUCAGUGGUUAGAAAAUGCAUUACCUCACAGAAGUUAAAACAAGAAAUGGUUUUUCCGGAGGUGGUGAUUGUUUUACAAGACCAACUUCUGAAAGUUUGGUGUAUGACUAAUCCUUACUACAUUGCGUCUUUGUAUAUCUUACUAAUUUAAGAGAAGUGUUCUUUGGGGGGGGGAAUCUUGUAAUGUUUGGUAGGACCAAGGCUUUUUUUCAGUCCCAGCACCUCUCAGGUGGGCGCCGUUUGCAUUCUAAGAGAACAAGGGAGGUGUUCAGGGUGAGUUCCAGCACCUCUUUUUUUUUUUUAAGAUAUUUAUUAAGAUUUUCAAAAUAUUACAAAAUGAAAAAAGAAAAGAGAAAAAUACAAAAUAAAAGUAGUUAAAAACAAUUCAAUCUUUCCGUUACUUAUCUUUCAUUUGCUUGUUUCCCGGACCUCCUCGCGCCUCCCUUUUUUGUAUUCCAAUUCAGUUUGUUAGUUCAGCAAAUCCUUCCGCUCUUUGUUUAUCCUAGUCUUUAAUCUUAAAAUAUUGUAACAUUAAAUUUUUACCUAUUAAUAAUCCAUUUUUCAUAUUCCCUUAUAAUAUUACAGCUAAAAACCACUUAAUUUCUAUCCAACAUCAUUCUAACAUUCAUUAAUUUUGCAGUAUUUCUGUAAAUAGUCUUUUCCCAUUCUUUCUUUCACCAAUUAAUCAUCCACUUUUACUUUAUUUAAUCUUAUUUCUCUUAAAACUUAUAUAUCUAAGCUUAUUCUUAAAACGUUUCCCCUAGGGUCAGAAAAAAUUCCAUUCCACGAUUUUCCCAUCUCUCAUUAAAAGAUAAAAACAAAAACAAAAAAACAAAACAAAAACAAAUUAUAAUAUGUACAUUUUAAAUUCCCAGUUUUCUUUCACCAACUCCCCUCCCCGGUUUCGGCCCCUAGCGAUAGUUCCAUCAAUCUCGGAAAACCAUCAACCCGGAGAUCUUAAGUCCGAGGCUCUUAAAUCUCUUUCAUGUCCCCUCUGCCGGUCUUUUUGGUAGUCUUUGGUGUUAAAGAACAGAUCUUGGUGAAGCUCCAACCCAUCGGUAGUCAUAUUCCUUCUUAGCAGGUAUGCCAGACUUCCGUAGUUAGAAGUAGGGCCUAUAGAAUAUUCCAAAUCUUGUUUCACACUCCUUUCAAAUCCAAAGGCCCUAAAAACUCCAGCCUCCGCCUGACUCAGAUUUGUGUCCCAAAAGUCAUUUGAUCUCCACAUAGGGUGAUCUCUCCAUCUUUUAUUUUCCAAACCAAGCCAGGCUUCCAUCUCCAAAAACUGGCUCCUCCUAGUUGCCAUCAUGUAAGGCCUCAAGUUAUAGUCCACCAUUUGCCUCUGUAGGGUUACGGCUCCCCCUUGCAUCACUUUAAUCACAACAGAUUCCUCCUCAGAUUCUUCAAUUUGUUCAGUUGGAAAAGAUUCUUGUGCCGGAUUCUUGUCAACUUCUUUACUAAUGCCCACUUUUGUUCCCAAGGUUACAACAUUGGUAGCCAUAACAUUUAUCUGGUCUUGCAGCUUUCCCAACAAAUAAAAUGUUCUAUUCAAUUGACACUCGACUUCCUUCCCGACCGCCAUCCUUAAGAAGUCCAAGGUCAAAACUAGUUUCUCAGAACUUUUAUCUUAAGCAAUUUCCCAGCUGCAUCCUUACGACAAUAUCCCAGAGCUCCCUCUAGAGGGACACAAGUUCCUUUUAUCACUCCUUCCAGCACAGUCCCAAAGGUCCCAAACGUAAGAUUGUAACAAUUCCUUCCUUCUUUUUAAAUACUGAAACGGACAGUAGAAACAAAGUCCUUCUUUUAUAUCUUGAUAGCUAGCUUGUAUCUUGACAGCUAACUUAACAGCUGUUAGAUUUAUCCGUCAACGGGCUCUCACAGACCGCUCCCGGUUUUAGGGAAAUGGCGCUUCAGUUCCCAAAUUUUAACCCUCACCUGCAGGCUUCCCUGCUUCUAAGAAGAUAUUGAUAGUAGUUUCAAUCAGUGGAGUUUAGAUCCUUUACGUAAGACUUUCCACGACCUUAGUUAACAAGUUCUUUGCUUCAGUUUAUUUACAGAAAGGGGAGGUGGACUUCCUGUUUAGACCUUCCCCGAUUGCUGCCAAUUUAAAAAUACUUUAAAAGCCCAAUUUCCAUUCUACUCACGGGUUGUUGUUUAAAAUCCAAUUGUCCACAAGAAAAAGUCAGCGCUCUCCAGCAACGGCUAUGCGGCUUCGCUCCGUGAAAAAAGCAGUUGACUCACAGCACCGCGCCACUCACCCCGCUCCGCUCCGAAGCCCGUAAACGGGUCUCCUUGCGAGUUGGGGGGGCGCAAAAGGUGCCCGCCGAGUCCCACGUUCACAGGCUUCACCCGCCUAUGAUUUCUGUAGGGUCCCCGCUUCGCCGUAGCGGUAUAGACCCAAUUUCCGCGGAGCUAGUCCCUCCAGAUCGGAGGGAGUCCGCCAUUAGCUGAUGGCGCUAACCCGGAAGUCCCCGAGUUCCAGCACCUCUUGUGCUAGAAAAAUAGCACUAGCUAGGACUAGCCAGAAGUUUAUUUCUGCCUCUUAUUGUUAUGGCACAGUUUCAUCAAGAGCUAAGAAAGCACAGCUCCCUGCCCCAAGGAGUUUACAAAGGGGCAGUAAUACAGGGGGAGAGGCAAAAAAUCGGGAAGACAAGGAAGGAGCAAUGUGAGAGGUGCAAACCAAAGAACAGAGAGGUUUUUAAAAAUGGUUAAUGACUUGUCAGUAAUCUUGGUGGUCGCUGUGGAAGAGGGGGGAAAGCUUUCUCAGCACAAGGACAACAUUCCCCAAGGGCUUCCAUCGUGGGCUCGCAUGUCAGUGGUGUGCAGGACCAGAGGCUUGUGUGAGUGUCUGGAGGCGGUUGGAGGAUGGAUGGUGGCUAACAGAUUGAGGUUGAAUCCUGACAAGACAGGAAGCGGGCAGGUGUGAGGGACUCCCUGGUCCUGAAUGGGGUAACUGUGGCCCUGAAGGACCAGGUGCGCAGCCUGGGAGUCAUUCUGGACUCGCAGCUGUCCAUGGAGGUGCAGGUCAAUUCUGUGUCCAGGGCAGCUCCAUCUGGUACGCAGGCUGAGACCCUCCCUGCCCGCAGACUGUCUCGCCAGAGUGGUGCAUGCUCUGGUUAUCUCUCGCUUGGAGAGUGGCUGGGGGGACCCAGCCAGAUGGGCGGGGUAUAAAUAAUAAAUUAUUAUUAUUAUUAUUAUUAUUAUUAUUAUUAUUAUUAUAAAAGCCAGCAGAAAAAUGGCAGCAACUAUUGCCUCUGUACAGUUGGCUACAUUCCAGUCAUGCAAAAAUCAGGAACUUUCUGCACUCCUCUCCCCAUGCACACCCACCUGCCCACACCUCUAGUAUAUCCGUAUUGUGAGGAGCAGGCUGUGGUUGAGAUGGGCUGGUUACAAAAUCCCUUUACCAGGGAAAGUGCGGGUGGGAAAUGGCUUCAGAGUGAACCAGAAAGUCUUUUCUCAAUUGUCUGGAGGAAGGAUUUAUUUCCUGGUUAAUUUUGAAGACAUUUCCUAGUGUGUGUGUUAUCAGCUGAUUGUUGGUGCUUGCAAAGUGCUGUGCUUAGGGCUUUGUAGGGACCAGUGAUCAGCAGUGCCCGCAACCCCUCUUUGGCCCCAAACAGCUUUGUGGGCCAAAUGGGACCUGACAGGACUCAUAGGACUGCCGACUGGAGAUUCCUUACUGCUGUGCCUGGCCUGGUACAGCUCACCCCCGUACUGUUGGGGGCUGGGAGAGAUGGAGGGCUGAGGAAAAGUCUCAGGGGCCACAUUUGGCUCCACACCCACAGUCCAUGGAAAGAACAUCUCGUUCCUCCAAGAGGUGACUAAUUGAACACAACCGUCCUGUUGUUUUUGUAAACAGAUGGAUCUUUCGGUAGAAACCCUCUACAGCUUAAUGCAGGAGCGCCAGAAAAGAUAUGCCAAAUACGCUGAGCAGAUCCAGAAGGUCAAUGAGAUGUCUGCCAUCUUGCGUCGCAUCCAGAUGGGCGUCGACCUGACCAUUCCCCUGAUGGAGAGACUGAAUGCCCUGCUGCCUGAGAGCGAGAGGCUGGAACCGUUCACCAUGAGCCCUGACAGGGAGCUCAAGCUGUAG